GGUUCAGAACAUGCAAACGACGUCGUGUUAUUCGCCUCCGCUCAUCAUUAUGCUCGCGUUUCGGCAUUGUCGCAAUUAACCUGAACAGAACUGUUCGACGGAGGAACACUGGAACAGGGGAAAGCAAGGACAUGGUGCACAGCGCCUACGAUUCCUGCGAGCUCCUCAGCGAUUGCGCCACCAAAAUCGAAGCAAUCGAAUCGUACGGCUCUAAGCUUCUCCUCGGUUGCACCGAUGGAUCUCUCCGAAUCUACGCGCCGGAGUCCUCCUCCGGCCCUGAUCUCUCUCUGCCGUCCGAUCGCCGCGCCCAAGCCGUAGAGCUGCGCAAGGAGCCCUACUCUCUGGAGAGAACCGUGAAUGGGUUCUCGAAGAAGCCUCUGGUGGCUAUGGAAGUCUUGGGAUCGAGAGAGCUUCUUCUAUCGCUUUCCGAGUCCAUCGCCUUUCAUCGCAUCCCUAAUUUGGAGACUAGUGCGGUGAUAACGAAGGCUAAAGGUGCUAAUGUGUAUUCGUGGGACGACCGGAGAGGGUUCUUGUGCUUCGCCAGGCAAAAGAGGGUCUGUAUUUUCAGACACGACGGUGGACGGGGAUUUGUUGAGGUGAAAGAAUUUGGAGUUCCAGAUGUGGUGAAGUCAAUGUCUUGGUGUGGAGAAAAUAUAUGUUUGGGAAUCAGAAGAGAAUAUGUGAUACUGAACGCCACUAAUGGUGCUUUGUCUGAGGUGUUUCCUUCUGGGAGAAUUGCACCACCUUUAGUUGUCUCUCUUCCUUCAGGAGAACUUCUUCUUGGGAAGGACAACAUUGGGGUUUUUGUGGACCAAAAUGGGAAGCUUCUUCAAGAAGGCCGGAUUUGUUGGUCUGAGGCCCCUGCAGUUAUUGUCAUUCAGAAACCAUAUGCAAUUGCUCUUUUGCCUAGGCAUAUUGAGAUAAGGUCCCUACGAGCUCCUUAUCCAUUGAUACAGACUGUUGUUCUCCGCAAUGUUCGUCGUCUUCUCCAAAGCAACAGUGCCAUAAUUGUUGCAUUAGACAACUCCAUCUAUGGUCUUUUUCCUGUUCCUCUUGGUGCACAGAUUGUACAAUUAACAGCAUCGGGCAACUUUGAGGAAGCAUUGGGUUUGUGUAAGCUACUUCCACCAGAAGAUUCGAGCCUUCGAGCAGCAAAGGAAGGGUCAAUUCAUAUAAGAUAUGCACACUACUUGUUUGAAAAUGGGAGCUAUGAGGAGGCCAUGGAACAGUUUUUGGCCUCUCAAGUGGAUAUUACUCAUGUGCUCUCUUUAUAUCCGUCUAUAGUUCUUCCUAAAUCAGCUGUCAUCCCUGAGCCUGAGAAACUGAUAGACUUUGCUUGGGAUGCUUCAUAUCUCUCAAGGGGUUCAUCUGGUGUGUCAGAUGACUUGGAAUCUUCACCUUCUUCACAGUUGUCAGAAUCUGAUGAAAAUGCAUCACUUGAGUCCAAGAAAAUGAACCACAACACUCUCAUGGGUCUCAUCAAAUUUUUACAAAAAAAGAGAUUCAGUAUAAUUGAAAAGGCCACUGCUGAGGGAACAGAAGAGGUUGUUUUGGAUGCUGUAGGAGAUACAUUUGUAACGUAUGAUUCCGGUAGGUCCAAGAAAUCAACUAAGGGGCGGGUUAACAUUGCCAUUAGCUCCGGUGCUAGGGAGAUGGCAGCCAUACUGGACACUGCGCUGCUCCAAGCCCUGCUUCUUACUGGACAGUCUUCCGCUGCUGUGGAUUUGCUGAGAGGUCUUAACUACUGUGAUGUAAAAAUAUGUGAGGAGAUUCUGCAGAAAAUGAGUCAUUAUGCCGCUUUAUUGGAACUUUACAAGUGCAAUGCUAUGCACCGCGAAGCUCUAAAACUUUUGCAUCACUUAGUAGAAGAGUCGAAUUCAGACCAACCACAAGCAGAACUUACACAAAAGUUCAAUCCUGAAAUGAUUAUUGAAUAUCUCAAGCCUCUCUGUGGGAGUGAUCCUAUGCUUGUUCUCGAGUUCUCAAUGCUUGUUCUUGAAAGGUGUCCGGCACAAACAAUUGAGCUCUUUCUGUCUGGAAAUAUUCCAGCGGACUUGGUCAACUCUUAUUUGAAACAACAUGCUCCAAACAUGCAGGCCACAUAUUUAGAACUUAUGCUUGCAAUAAAUGAACAUGGGAUCUCUGGAAAUCUGCAGAAUGAAAUGGUGCAAAUAUAUCUCUCCGAGGUACUUGAUUGGCAGGCAGAUCUAACUGCCCAACAGAAAUGGGAUGAGAAAGCUUAUUCCCCAACCAGGAAGAAAUUAUUAUCUGCUUUAGAGAGUAUAUCUGGAUACAGUCCAGAGGGCUUGCUAAAACGUCUUCCUGCAGAUGCUUUAUACGAAGAGCGUGCAAUUUUGUUAGGAAAAAUGAACCAACAUGAGCUUGCGUUAUCUAUAUAUGUGCAUAAGCUUCAUGUUCCUGAACUGGCGUUGUCCUAUUGUGAUCGGGUGUACGAGUCUGUACGUCAUCAACCAUCAAUAAAAUCUUAUAGCAAUAUGUACCUCACUCUUCUGCAAAUCUAUUUGAAUCCUCGGCGGACAACAAAAAACUUUGAAAAGCAAAUCACCAAUCUUGCAUCAUCUCAAAAUACUAGCAUUCCAAAGAUGGGCUCUGGAUCAGGGAAAGCUAGAGGCCGUCAAACCAAGAAAAUUGCUGCAAUUGAAGGUGCGGAGGACCUGCGGAUAAGUCAGAGUGGAACUGACAGUGGAAGGAGUGAUGGUGAUGCAGAUGAGGCUAUUGAGGAAGGAGGUUCAACCAUCAUGCAUGAUGAGGUCCUUGAUCUGCUCAGCCAAAGGUGGAAUAGAAUCAAUGGGGCCCAGGCCCUCAAACUCUUACCAAGGGAAACUAAGCUGCAGAACUUGCUUCCAUUUCUUGGACCCCUUCUGCGGAAAUCCAGUGAAGCAUAUCGAAACUUUUCAGUGAUUAAGAGUUUAAGACACAGUGAGAACCUGCAGGUGAAAGAUGAACUCUACAACAAGAGGAAGACAGUUGUUAGGAUUGGCAGCGAUAGUAUGUGCUCCCUCUGCAACAAGAAGAUAGGAACUGCUGUUUUUGCCGUUUACCCCAAUGGGAAGACACUGGUGCACUUUGUUUGCUUUAGAGACUCACAAAGCAUGAAGGCUGUAGUUAAAGUUUUUCUCACUGUAAAGAAUGUAACAAGGGUUUUCAUCAAGAUAAAUGCACACUGUAGUUUCCUGUGUCCUUUCUGAGAUUCAAGAUGCUAACACGAGAAGUGUAUUUGCCAUGCAUCUGUGGCCUCUUGCUCCAGGUGAUGAUGCCAUUGUUGAAACUUGAAAGACUACACUGAUGUUCUCACUAACUUCUACUCAAAAUUCGAUCAGACUAGAGGCUCAGUUUGAGUUUGAACAACUCACAAUUUUGUUGCCAUUUUAAUUACGUAGUACUUGAAUAAUCCUUGAAGUUUCAUAUGAUGUCUUUAUUGUCAUUUCACUCGUUUAAAUUUGCAACCAAAUAAUUUAUUUAUGAUGUCAAUCUAUUCGGGCCAUUUUUGUCACUGGAAA